CGCUCCUAAAACAAGGCAAAGAAAUAUGCCGUAAAAUUGAAUUUAGUUGACUAAUUCUUUAUUCUUGUGGUGAAAAAAUGUUAUCAAGGCACAUGGAGUACAGCAGAGUACAACAAAUAUUAUGUUAGCAUACCUAUCCCGGCGUUCUCUUUUCUCUCCAACCUAAGAGAUUAUUAUGGCUUUAAAAUGGAAAUAUUGAUAAACAGGUAAACUACCUAGCGUUUGCAAACCUCGUUUAGUUGCUUCUAUGUUUUACACGCAACGUUUAUGCGGCGGAACUCUUAAACACGAACCAUUUGCUAUACGUCUCUUUUAAGCGUGGGACAAUCUUCUUGCGUCACACUGCUUCCGUUCCGACAAGCAACAAAGUUUCAUUUUCAAACACAAGCAACGUUUGCGCUCGUAUUUCUUUAUUAAUCUAUUUGGAAAAAAACUUUUAAUGGACGACGAAGAGGAGCAAAAAGCCGCUGCGCCUUCGGUGGUUGAUCGUUACUACACACGAUGGUACAGAGCCGAUAUGAAGGGCAAGCCCUGUGAGGACCACUGCAUCCUUCAGCAUUCGAACAGGAUAUGCGUCAUCACCUUGGCUGAGACUCACCCGCUGCUAAAGAAAGGACGGACCAUCUCAAAGAUUGAUUACCAAAUUAGUAAUGGCUGCAGCCGCUUGAACAAUAAAGUAUCCGGAAAGUCCAAGCGGGGAGGUCAGUUCCUUACUGAAUUUGCCCCACUGUGCCGGAUAACGUGCACGGAUCAAACUGAAUUCACCGUCUACAGCUGUAUCAGGGGACGUCUUCUGGAGGUCAACGAGAAUAUUCUUCAAAGGCCCGCUCUAUUACAGGAGAAGCCAUCCACAGACGGAUACAUCGCAGUCAUCUUACCCAAGUUUGAAGAGAGCAAAAGCAUCACGGAGAACCUUCUGAACAGACGCGACUUUGAAAAGCUCCUCGCCAAACGGGACGGCACGCAGACGGUGGCAUCGCAACCGUCGUGAAGAAGGCUGGCGAGAAACUAAUGAAAUUGUAAAAGAGUUGCGCUAUGCUACGCCUUCAGUCACGUAGACGCCACUUCAGAGUAUGGUUGUUUAGUAGAACUCUGACCUUGUGGGCUUGAUUUCUAUCCACUUUUGAGGCACGUAUUGAAAUGGGCAAAAUGGCUAUGGCUUUUCUAGAAUGCAUUCUUAAUUGUGGCUCUAAUCAUGGAAGCUUUAGCAAUUUAAGUUAUGGCGCACAGUCAAUGGGAAACAAGGUGUUUCCCAAUUUUAUGUUCAACAUUUGUAAGAGUUUGUUUUCAAAGUUUUUUUUGGGAGGGGGGGGGCAAUAUGACAGACUUCUGGGUCUUUUCGGAUAGCUUUUCCCCCCCCUUUCUAUGUCAUCAUAAAGCCUAUGAAAUUUUAUUUUGCUCACUUAAACUCAUUUCUGGGGCCACAUUUUCCCAAGGAAAACUUUGACAAAACAAUGACCUUCUAAAGGUUGUGUAUAGUGAAAAAGUUUUGUAUUUCAAGGCUUAUUUAUGGAUUAGUUUUUGGUCAACAAAAAAAUCAUGUUUCAUUUUGUACAUAUCAUUUAAAAAUAAUCAACAGUGAUUUAAUAAAAA